AUGCAGCAACUCCACAGAUCUUGGAUCAACAACAAGAUCCUGCACCACCUGGAUUGCAGUUUAGUCCAACAACACCUUUUGCCGCUUCAAGACCGGCGACCAUCCGGGAAGACACAGAAUUUCCUGGUGAUGUUGUGCCUGCGACUCCAGCACCUCAGGAGGAAAGGACGGGAGACGAGAUCCAAGAGCCUGAACCAGGCCCGUCUGCUACACCAACACCACAGGUGUCACGCAGACCCAGCAAGAAUGUGCCUGCAGCUGCAGCAGCCACUCAACUUUCUCAAGCUCUACAACGGCCUGAUCGACUUGAUGGCUUCUGAAGAGGAGUCCAUGCUCACUCAGGCUCAACCUGCCGAUGCUUUCCUCACUGGGAAGGCAGCCUCCUCUGAGAUCUCCCUCAAGAAUUUGGAUGAGAGUGACCGGCAGAAGUUUCAAGAUUCCAUGAAGCGUGAAUGGGAUUCAUGGAUGAAGUUUGGAGCUGUUGAAGUUUUGACAAAGGGCCAGAUCAAGGACUUGCCCGACGACACGCAGAUCGUGGGAACACGUUGGGUGCACACCGACAAGAACAGCAAGCCCAGACUUUUGGCCAAAUAUCUCUCGAAGAAGACUGGAGAAUCUGAUGCGCAGAUCAAGAAAGAAUUUCCUUUUCAGGCCAAAAGCCGACUUGUUGUCCAAGGGUGCCAAGAAGAUCCACAAGCUAUCCGCUCAGAUAGUCCCACGGCAUCAGCCCACAUGACCUCCUUCGAGCACGUGGCUCCAUCUACGGCACGAAGGACGCUGGUCGCUCAUGGUGGAAGAAACUUUUCAGAACCUUGA